CUUCUCGCGAGAUUUUCCGCCCCCGUGACCUGGUAGCUGCGUCUGGGCGCUCGGUGUCCGUAUAUAAAGGAGAAGCAGCGGACGAGACAGGAGGCAGCACCGGGGCAGGCGAGGCUCACUGCGGGACAUGGCCACCGCGGCCAACGCCAACCCCGUGCCUAAGCUGUACCGUUCGGUCAUCGAGGACGUCAUCAAUGAUGUGCGGGAGCUGUUUCUGGACGAGGGUGUAGAUGAGCAAGUUCUGGUGGAGCUGAAGACGCUGUGGGAGAACAAACUGAUGCAAUCCAAGGCGGUGGACGGCUUCCACUCCGAGGAGCAGCAGCUUCUACUCCAGUCCCAGCAGCAGCACCAGCAGCAUCACCAUGUGCAGGCGCACCCACAGCAGCCGCCAACCUCCACUCACCAGGCGCAGACACAGCAAGUCCUCAUCCCGACCACACACCAAGCUUCACAGCAGCAAGUUCUGAUCCCAAGCAACGAUUCCAAGCUGAUCCAGCACAUGGCCCCGCAAGGAAUGAGUGCAGCAGCCACAGCGGCUACUUUGGCCCUGCCUGCCGGGGUCACCCCAGUACAGCAGCUCAUCACUAACUCUGGACAGCUCCUGCAGGUGGUCAGAACCGCCAGUGGUGCCCAGUAUAUUAUCCAGCAGCAGCAGCCCAUGGUCCUUCAGCAGCAAGUCAUCCCCCAGAUGCAGCCUGGCGGGGUGCAGGCUCCCGUUAUCCAGCAGGUUUUGGCACCUCUGCCGGGUGGCCUGUCGCAGCAGACGGGUGUCAUCAUACAGCCUCAGCAGAUCCUCUUCACAGGAAACAAGACCCAGGUCAUCCCAACCACCGUCGCUGCCCCUCAUCCCCAAGUGCCGGGGCAGCUGUCUGUGGCAAAUGCCCAACAGCCCCAGCAGGGGCAGCAGCAGGCGCCUCUCGUCCUGCAGGUUGAUGGUGCUGGAGACACCUCUUCUGAGGAGGAUGAAGAGGAGGAUGAAGAUUAUGAUGACGAAGAGGAGGAGGACAAGGAGAAGGAUGGAGAAGAUGGCCAAGUAGAAGAGGAGCCGUUGAACAGCGAGGACGACGUGAGCGACGAGGAGGGGCAGGAGUUGUUUGACACGGAAAAUGUUGUCGUGUGCCAGUAUGAUAAGAUCCACAGGAGUAAAAACAAGUGGAAGUUUCAUCUCAAAGAUGGAAUCAUGAACCUGAAUGGUCGUGACUUUGUCUUCUCCAAAGCCAUUGGUGACGCUGAGUGGUGAGACCCUCCCCCAGCCCCGCCCAUGUUUUUUUUUAGGGGGGUGAGUGACUGAGAAAGUAACAAAAAACAAAAAAAUGGUAAAAAUUUUUUUUUAAAACCACCUGAAGGAUGGGAACGGCCCCUCCCAUGGCACCAAUGACAAGAGACUAAUGCUGCAUCUCCCCGUUGGACUGGAUGUCACAUGACUGAUCACAUGGCAGCGGAGUGGCCACGGACCACCGUUUGCAGCCCUUGUUCUAUUCCAAUCCGUAUUAUACAAGUUUGUUCCUCUGGAAAGUUUUAACUGCUAAAGAUUGUACCAAGUGUUUUUAUCUUUUUUUAGGUGGGGGGGACAUUGACCUCUGCCCUCUUAGGUACCUGCUGCUGACCCCUGCUUUUACUUCUGCCAGGUGUUAACCUCUUUCCUGUACCCCCCCGUGCCCAAUCAGCCAUGAUGUGAUGCCCAAUUUUAGGGUUCACCUCCAAUCCCCCGCUUGGUUCUGAUGACUAUCUGGCUUCGUUCACAUUUUAUCAUUGCCUGUGGAGCUAAACAAUGUCUACCUGGUGAUGCCACUGGCUGCCCCUUCCUGUGCCCCUAUAAACGUGGACUCUGAUGGGAUGAUCUGCUCCAGGAUCCUGUAGGUCACUGCAUAACUCGUCCCGUGCUGGCUGCCUUUCUCCUGUAAUGCACUACCACCCUCAGUCGAGGUGCCGGCAGCGAGGACUGGGGGGAGGGGCGGCUACUUAUUUGUUCUGCCUUGUCUAGUGCCUAAAAUCACACAAACAAGAUGCUGACUUCAGUUACAAGUGGAGCCCCCUCCUGGCUGCUGGAUGGUCUGCAGCCUCCUCCACUGGCUUCUGUGUUUUUUGUAUGGGAGAUCUUGGCUGUUCUUGCUGCCUUACACCUGGAGAAGGGGCGGAGCUCUUGUACAUGGCCACGCCCUCCAGGAUAAG